AUGAUCCCCUACAAGCAGCUAGGGUUCAGCGACCAAUGCAUGACAUCAGUCAACACGACACUGCCGUCAUGUCCUGGCUGGCUUCACACACAUACAGGCAUCGGCGAUGCAAGCUUUCAGCUCUUGGAAGAUUGUCAGCUUCGAGAACUAUGUGAUUCUUCCUGCAAAAAAGAGCUUGGCAAUCUGCGCAACUCAAUCAAGGCAGCUUGUACCGCGAAACAAGAUCUUGUAGUCCCUAGGCGUGCGGGCGGUAUUGCUUAUCCAGGUAGGUCUCACAGUGUUUUCGCCAUUCCGUCAUGCCCAACCAGAUUUGCAUGUAAAUCUUUAACAGCUUUCUCAGUCUCAUUCUUUGCCGACCUUUAUCUUUAUGCAGCCGAGGCGUGA